GUGGCGCCGAGGGGGUCACGCCGAAGGGGUUGAGGGCAUUUCCAAGAUGGCGGCGGCAGUGGCAGUGACAGCUGUGCGCUGGAGGGGGCUGCUGAGGAUUGCUGGGCUCCCUGGAGGCCCUCGGCGGGGCUUCCACGGCUCUGCGCCGGCCGCGGCUCAGGUGACUGUCCGCGAUGCUUUAAACCAGGCUUUGGAUGAGGAGCUAGAGAGGGAUGAAAAGGUUUUCCUGCUGGGGGAGGAAGUUGCUCAGUAUGACGGCGCAUACAAGAUUAGCAGAGGACUUUGGAAGAAAUAUGGCGAUAAGAGAAUAAUAGAUACUCCUAUAUCAGAGAUGGGCUUUACUGGAAUUGCUGUGGGAGCUGCCAUGGCCGGCUUGAGACCUGUGUGUGAAUUCAUGACUUUCAACUUCUCCAUGCAAGCUAUUGAUCACAUUAUAAACUCAGCUGCCAAAACCUUCUACAUGUCUUCUGGUCUGGUACCUGUCCCCAUUGUCUUCAGGGGUCCAAAUGGAGCCUCGGCAGGAGUAGCAGCCCAGCACUCCCAGUGUUUUGCAGCUUGGUAUGGACACUGCCCUGGACUGAAAGUAGUCAGCCCUUGGAGUGCAGAAGAUGCAAAAGGUCUUCUGAAAGCAUCAAUCCGGGAUGAUAAUCCAGUUGUAAUGUUGGAAAAUGAGUUGAUGUAUGGUGUGCCCUUUGAAAUGUCUGAAGAUGCCCUGUCAAAGGACUUCAUUGUUCCUAUUGGAAAGGCUAAGAUAGAAAGACAAGGAAACCACAUUACCUUAGUGUCUCAUUCGCGACCUGUUAGCCACUGUCUGGAAGCAGCUGCUGUCCUUGCCAAAGAUGGGGUGGAGUGUGAGGUGAUAAAUCUCCGUAGCAUUAGACCAAUGGAUAUUGAAACUGUUGAGUCCAGUGUUAUGAAGACAAAUAAUCUUGUGACAGUGGAAGGUGGAUGGCCCCAGUUUGGAGUGGGAGCUGAAAUCUGUGCCAGGAUUAUGGAAGGUCCUGCUUUCAACCACUUGGAUGCACCCGUUGUUCGUGUCACAGGUGCAGAUGUUCCUAUGCCUUACGCAAAGAUUUUGGAGGAUAACUGCAUACCUCAAGUAAAGGACAUAAUAUUUGCUGUGAAGAAAACACUAAAUAUCUAGUUCUUUUAUGUAUUUGAGACUGGAUGUGCUGUUCUUCAAUUAUAUGUCUUUAAAAGUAUUUAUGGAAUGUAUUACAAGCCUUUGUAUACAGAGCUGCAACUUGUAAAACACAUGGGGAGGUUGGCAAUGUGGAGGAAAGUGAUGCUAGUUACAUAAUCUGUUACAGACAUAUACUGCUUCUUCAUCCUUUCAAGAAGGAAAAAAGUGAGACUUAAAUCUAAAAUUGCAAUAAUAUUCAAUAUCGAAACAACUACCAUGUAGGAACUAUUGUUUUAUGGUUGUACAUCAUCAGGUCUCUUUUGAUUGGCAGUCCCUAAUUUAUCAAGACUCAGCUUGUGCUUAUUUUGUAACUUAUGAUGCUUGAAAUAAAAACAGUAACAAAAAGA